GCUGCGGUGGACUAUGGGAGGGGGUCAUUUUCAGUUCUCUUCCACCCCAUGCCGCCACCCCCCUCACCCCUUGAGUCAGGAUCAGGGUGGAGUGCCAUUUCCUCCCUCUGUUUCCCAGGCCUCGCCCCCCUCUGUUUUCCAAGGCAAUCUGAAUAUCUCCCUGCCAUAAAUGCACAGCCUUUCGUUCUUUAAACACCUCACUCUCGGUACUCUAAGUGACAUCUUUAGCGCUACGGCAUAUCAUUUGGAGCCCUGUCAUCCAGAUUUGUUUCCUACUAGUCUCACCGCUGUUAGUGAUGUCUGAUCCAUUAAGGGCUGAUAUUUAGACUCAGGCUGCUCACGCUCAAUUUUAAUGCAGCUGGAUGGUAUCUGCGUAACACAUUUGUCUGUUUUCUCACCAAACUCAGUGGAUGUGCGUCAUUCACUGAUUGUCUUUCCAAAGGCUGGGACCCCUCGUCGACUGUGCUUUUAGGAUCUGAUCAUGGAUUUGUGGUAGACUGCUGGUGUUUCGCAGCUGUCUACAGGAGCAACUCUUUUCAGGUGUUUCCCUUUGUGAGACAUUCUGGCUUUUACACUUGUGUACUCAAGAAACUUUUGGAGUUGUGACACUCCCUGACUCGGUCUUCCAUCUGAACUGUUGGAUAUAUGGUAUGUUUUAGAUCUUAUUGUGCUACAGGACUAUCGCUUUUCCAUUCAUACUCCUAUUUCAGCAUUUUCACCUCUUGAUUUGGAGACGCCAAACAGGAAAGGAAGUAGACACUUGUAUGGCUUGCUGCUUUCAAACAAGUUGCCAUGGCAGCUGGAGUCCAGAUGAUGAAGGUGACCAGCAGCACAGCAGCACAGGGAGCGAGGGGGGCACGGCAGGGGACAGCACCCCUCCUCCCAAACGCAAGGGCAAGUUCUCUACCCUGGGUAAGAUCUUCAGACCCUGGAAGUGGAGGAAGAAGAAAAGCAGCGAGAAGUUUAAGGAAACUUCAGAAGUUUUGGAAAGAAAGAUGUCGAUGAGGAGGCCAAGACAGGAACUGAUCGAGCAGGGGGUGCUCAAGGAGCUUCCUGACAAUGAAUCAGGUGAGGCCCACGGCCACAAGACGCCUUAUGUGAAGAACGGUCACACUCUGCCUGUGGGAGGUGGUGGAGGUCUUGGGCUAGAGCAGAUACACUCACCCUCUGAGUCUGAAUUUAGAGUCAACCCUGUCUGGCUGCCGCAGCCGGAUGACCGCAGAGGUCGUGCCCCUUCUGACGGGGAUCAUCGUGGAGCAUUGGGUCCCCGGGCCUCCAAUCAGGAUGAUGGCAGGAGAAGUGGUUGGUCUGUUGGGACAGAGGACUGGAAAUCUAAUCUGGCCUGGCAAGGGGAUGAUAUCCGACAUGGAGGAAGACUGCAUGCUGAAGUGGACAAGAGGCCUGGGCUAAUGAAAGCCCCCUCUGAGGAUGGACGCAGGACUCGCCCCGAAUCGGACUGGAAGCCAACGCUUCCUCGCCACUCGUCUGUCGAAGAGGCAAGGGCAAGACGAGAGUCUGACAGCAGUCAAUACAUUCCGAACUCCGAGGGUUUGAGGGACACACUGCGGGAACCUCUGCCCCCCAAGCAGUCCGUCAUGCCACCAAAAUGGCUGAUGACUUCCACAGCAGAACCUGGUGCUGACAGCUUGCCCCGCACUCCUGCCAACAACCCUGCAUCUGCUUUCUCCUCUUCCUCCUCCAACUCCUCCUCCUCAGCUGUCAGCACAGCUGGAAAACCGCUACGAAACGUGUCCUCGGCUGGCGCCAACACACAGGCCUCCAGCAGCGCCCCCCUUACCACCUCUUCAGCACCAUCCUCUAUGGGCAACGUCCCAGCCCAGCCCACCAAACACCCCCCUAUCCCUCCACCCAAGCCAAUCAACCGCAGCAACCACCCCGCAAUGUUGGCCUCCACCUUGCAUGGAGGUGACGGCAGUGAUUUCCCUCUCUACUGGUCCUGUUGGAAGCGUGAGGGUGACCGUGACGUCUACCUGUCCCUGCCUGUCUACCUCUGCCGGCGGGCAGGAGGCAUGCACACAGCUGAACUCGCACAAGGAGGCACCAACCUAGUACCGGCCAAGCCCUCGCCCCCCAUGCCCCCAAAAAGAACCACGCCUGUCACCAAACGCAAUGCAGAGGACUCCCCUCUGACCAUUUCCUCCCUUCCCUCCAUUCUGUCCGAGGACAUGAGGGCCAACAUCCCCGGGGGCUAUCAGUUGCCCUCUCUUCCACCAUCCCCACCUCUCCCCACACACACUCCCCCUUCCCCUCCACGGGCCCACACCCAUCAUCUCCUCCACCAACACUCCUACCCCUACCCCCUGCCCCAGCCACUCCCUGUCCACUUUGACCCCCCCAGCCCGCCGGAGGAACCGCCAGCCCGUCAAGCCCCCAUUCCCUUACACAUUAUGAUCCAGAGGGCGCUCAGUAGCCCGGGACCCACUCUCCCACACCCAGAUGGCUCCCAGCGUGCCCACUCACUGCUGUUUGAGACACCACCGGAGUACCAGGGCAGCCGCCCACUGCCAGUCACCAUCCAGCCUCUCAAACUGGAUGAAGAUGACUAUUCUGAUGACGAUGAGGAGGAAGAGGACGACGAAGACGAUGACGAAGAACCUCUACCUGUUCACCUCCCAUCCCCUCAGUCCCAGCCAGAUCUCGAGCCUCGAAGCCGCAGAUGCCUGGUGGGGGAUCUGAGCGUCAGCGUCAUCCCUGAAGGAAACAACAGCAGCGAGGAGGAGGAAGACGAGGAAGAUCUACGGCCGGAGGAGAGCGACUCGGAUGGGCCUGUGCUAUACAAAGAUGACGAAUCAGAUGAGGAUGAUGACGACGACAGCCCACCAAGUGCUCUGGCCAGCAGGGUGAAGAGGAAGGACACAUUGGCGUUGAAGUUGAGCAGUCGGCCCUCUGCCCCAGACAGGCAGGCUCCUGAGAGGCAGGCCAAAGUAGAGCACAUGGGUCUGUCGUGGCAGAGCAAGGAGCAGUGGGAGGCCAUCCGCACACAGAUUGGUACCGCACUCACACGGCGAUUGAGCCAGAGACCUUCUGCUGAGGAGUUGAAACAGAGAAACAUUCUCCAGCCCAAAAAUGAAGCAGACAGACAAGCGGAGGUCCGGGAGAUCAAGCGCAGACUCACCAGAAAGUUGAGUGAACGACCGACUGUUGCCGAACUACAGGCUCGAAAAAUAUUACGUUUCCACGAGUACGUGGAGGUCACAUGCGCUCAGGACUAUGACCGCCGUGCUGACAAGCCAUGGACCAAACUCACUCCCGCAGACAAGGCUGCUAUUCGGAAAGAGCUCAACGAGUUUAAAAGCUCCGAAAUGGAAGUGCAUGAGGAAAGCAGAAUUUACACGAGAUUCCAUCGUCCUUAAUUGCAUCUUUUAACUGGAAAAUGAAGCACUUGAAGGCUGGUGGAUACUGGGAAGAAAUGGCUGUUUUUUUCGGGGGAGGGAGCCUCAGAGUGUCAGAGCUCCCUUCAGACUGCUUUUACUCUGAAUGUACUUCUUCAGAUGCACAGGGACGCCUGGAGCAUUCAGAAACAAAUCAGAAUAAACAAAACAGACCGUUUCUCAGUUGUCCAUCCACUAUCAUGUGGGACGGGUGACCUCUGGGGGACAGAUGCAGUAUUUCUCCUGGACUUUAGGGGACCCAUGUGCCAAGACAGAGAGGCGAUGAAGGACUUAUUAGAGGAUGUCACUUGUGCCAAUGGCAGAUAUUCCUCUCUCUACUCUCUGAAAGUUACAAAUAAUAGUAAUAAUAAUGAUGUGACUAAUAAAUAUAGUAAUACUACAGUAAGUGUUAGUUACUGCGCGUAGCGGGGCAGACAGAAGUACUGCGAGAAGGCCUGAGCCUGAAUGUUAUUGUGUAUUUGUGUAUGUUUGUAUAGGCUGCUGUAAUUUUUCUCUUAGUUUGACUCUUUGGAACAUUCUAAAUAUUAGAAACUUUAAGGCACAAGUUUUUUUUUUUUUUCUAUUAUUCAAAACUUUGGCUUUGACCCUCUUUAUUCAAGACAGGGUUACUGAUUCCACCUUACUUUGUGAUCCUCACUGUUUGAGAGGUCAUAGAGAAGAAUAGAAGAUAGGAUCCGUUUUUUAGAUAGAAUGUAAGCGUUUCAUGUUUCACUAUUGGUUUGCAGAAAAAAACUGUGAUCUAUUAUCUUUUACUAUCUUGUUUUUAAUCAUGUCGCCGUCCGUAAAAAUGAGGUCCAGCUAUUUCAGUUUUAAGAAGUGUCCAAAUCAUGUUUACAAAAUCUUUUAUUUCUUAAUAAAAAGGAUUUCCUGAUUAUUUAUUGCCCAUUUAAAAGAAUGAAUUUAGUCCAGACACGCACUGAUACAGGUUUAAAAAUGAAGUUUUUGAUAAGUGUUGUUGACACUGAGGUUAUUGCGGCAGGAAUUCUUCAUUUUUUCAAAUUAUUUUGUCUUUUUUUUUUUUUUUGGCCAGUAGGAUAAUAUGAAUUGCUCUGCUGUACAGAUCCAUUCUGUAGAUGAAGCUGACUGUUUCUGUAUAUCUUGUCUUCCUUUUAUUUUGGAGAAUAUUUUAAAUAUAUUGAAACUCAUAUAGGUUACUAUUUUUUUAAGCACAAAAUUAUUAGUGUAUUAUUCAACACUACAAUGUAAUGUAGCGUUGUAUAUUCUUGCUUUUUAAUUAUAUGUGAACUUAGAAACUGACAGUAAAUUUGCUGUUUUGAUGUAAACACUUCUAAAUCUAAAUUAAAAUGCUUACCAGUAA